AUGAACUCCCAGAGAACCGCAUAUUUCGGCGCCACAGGCGGAUGCACAAAUGCAUGUCUGGCAUUCUCUCUGCGGCAAGGCCUCAAAGCAGUCGCACUGGCGCGGACACCCAAGAAAUUGUACGACAUGCUGCUGGCGCAAGGAAUCAGCGAGGAAACCAUCAGCGCAAACCUGAUCAUCAUCCAAGGCGAUGUCACGGAUGUCGCAGUCGUCAAGAAGACCUUGAUGUCCGGGGACGAAAGAAAGCUUGUGGACAAGAUCGUCUCUGGCGUUGGAGCCCGUCCUUCGAUCCAGCUUUCCCUGACCACCCCGGUCAAAAUGGAUAAUCCGCAUAUCUGCGAGCAAGCCAUCAAAUCCAUCAUCAAAGCGCUAGAGGAGAUAUAUGCCGAGUACCCGGACGAGCGACUGUGCAAACCUGUCAUCACCGUCAUCUCAACCACCGGCGUGGACGGUCCGGAUGAUGUGCCGUUUGGUUUCAAGUGGCUGUAUUCCGUUCUCCUUGCAGUGCCACAUGUAGAUAAAAAGAAGCUGGAGGACUUGGUCAAGGCCGAUGAGCUGAAGGAUGAAUCGUCCAGGGCUUUUGGUGGAGCAGUGAUUGUUCGUCCGUCGUUGCUGGUCGGGGACCAGAGCAUUGCUAGCAUUGGGUCAAAGAAGCUCCGGGUGGGAUCAGAGGAGAGUCCAUCUAUUGGGUAUACAGUGCAUCGUGCUCGUGUUGGGCAAUGGAUUUUCGAGGAAGUUGUCAACAAGACGGAGGUUGACUGGCUGGGAAAGGUUGUGACUUUGACUUAUUGA